GUUAUUGUUUAUUUUUUGUGCUGUAAAAAUGUUUUUCGUGAUUUAAGUGAAUUAUUUGUAUUUCGUUUCCAAUAUCUUAAAAUGAAAGAUAAUACAAUGGAACUACAAAAACCAAGUAAAACUAGUUUGUUGAAAUUGAUGAUUUUGCGCGCUUGGCGUGAACGUUGGAACGUAGCGCUUUGGGGCAUCAAUAUCAAACGAGUACUGCCUCGGGGAGUUAGUGGUGAUGCAUACAAUUUAGCUGACUGUAUUCUACAACAAUCUUUGGUGGGCUCCAAUGCCAAUCCGUUGAUAUUAAAUUAUUUAAAACAUUGUCUCUGUGCAAAUUUGGUAUCACAUGCCGCCGUUUUACGUCGCAUAUCGAAAUACGAACAUUUCGAUCGAGUUUAUUGCAUUACAGCGUUAUUAGAAUUCCUAGAAGAUGUUAUGGACGGUGUUACUUGCAGAAACAAACCCGAAGAGGGUAUACUACCGAACGCUGUUGCUUCAUUAGUCUAUUGGAUAAUGCAAAUAGUUGCUAUGAUUAUGAAAAACUAUGAAAUUGGUGGAGAAAUUAGUGCAGAACAAUCGUACAUGUUCGAACGCACAUGUAUUAUUGUAGAGAAAUUUAUUUCCAAUCAAUACUUAAUGGGCAUAUUUUAUAUCGGUUGUUAUGAUGACAUUGACACGUAUGGCAAAAUCCGUGACAAAUACAACGGUUUUAAGAAUAUUCUAAUUAAUAGUCAUUUGUCAUCUCGUAAUAUGUCCAUAGCACAAUCUCUGCAACAGUUGGCAUAUUUAGAUGCUACCAAGUUAACAAUGCCACGUUUGCAUGCAAAGGGCGUGGAGUCAAUAAGCUACUGCGUACAACCCCUCUUGGCUGUGGAAGUAUUAUUAAAUCCAUGCAACGAUACCUCAUACUUCGUGGCUGAGCUACAAAUGAUACAACGCCUCAAGAAUUAUUCACUCACGCGUUUAAUUUACGAAAUUGUGCGUGCGGGCUUUAUUUCAUUGAGUAAUGUGGUAGAAGUUAGCCGUGACACAUUGUGGGGCGCAUUCACAUUCUUCAAAGUGCCGCACAUCAUCAAGCAAUUGCAUGCACUGCAACGGUCUAAUGAAGAGCAAACACCCACCGAUCACAUACCUGAAGUAGUUGAGGCUUUUGAGUUGCUUUUAGAGGAUAAUUUACUACUCGAUUUAAUGGAUACGAAAUGCUCAUGCAACAUAAUCGAAUACCUGUUGAACGAUUGGACUAAGCAACAUCUGGUCACCGAUGUGCAUGUUAAACAUUUUGCAUCACAACGAGAGAGCACAUCUUUGAUGCUACAAAAACGCGAAACCGGCAACCAAGCGCUUUCAAUCAUCAAUUUUAUCAUACGCGCAGAAGUGCCGCUAUCUGGCGUACUUAAGACACUAAGCACCGAUUACAACAAAGUGCAGGAAGCUUUAUUAGGUGUACUCUGCCAAGUUUUAGUUGGUAACAGUUUCGAUUUGAUAUUAUCUGUGGCCACGGUAGAAGGUCGUUUGAAAACAUUCGUUACACGACUGAUACAAUGUAAUGAAAAUUCGAAACAAGUUCCGGGUGAAAUUGGUAAACUCUCAAUUAUACGUUCAACACUUUUUGAUGUGUCAUUUCUUAUGUUGACGUUUAUAGUACAAACCUAUGGAUCCGAUGUGGUCCUAUCUGAACAUGGUGACUCCUUCUUCGAGAAGUGGGUGCGCGAAUGCAUGGCUGAACGUAAUAAGCCAAAAAAUCCACGUAAUAUGAUUGCACUCUGCGAUGAACAGAUUGUGGAUGAAUUAUUAUUGAGUUUGAGAAGCCCCGAAGCGCAACAUAAGAACAGCAAUCUCACGUGGCAAGAUAUAUGUUUGAAUCUACCUGGCGUGCUCAAUCAUGUGCUAAUUGCAUGGGAGAAAGACAUACUAACAUCCACUGAUGUGAAAAGUAUUUUGGAGAAUAUCAAACGUAGAAUGUUUUCCUUUUCCGUUUGCGCUACUUCAUUUCUAUGCGCUUAUAUGUAUUCGGUACGUGAGAAUGAGUUGCUGAAGCCAUUGAAUAUGAUUCAACAGUUUUUAACACCACUCAGCAGUGAAGAGAUGGCUUCACAGGAGAACGUAAAAGAGCGUUUGGGCUUAUCCUUUCAAAUCAUACGUAAAAUGCAACAAGAUGCACACCCCUCGGGUAAUACCAAAUCGCGGAGUAUAACGCUCACACAGAAUCUCGUCUCACAAACACCACUUGCUGAUCAAUUUCGCGAGGUGUGGAAAACGGUGACAGAGCAUGGCUGGUUGCCAGUAAUGUCAGCACAGGUGCUGGAGUCUCUAUUACAGUCUGGCGGCCCAACUUGGCUAACAAGACAUUUAGUUCAAGAAAUAAUUGCCUGCAAAUAUACAAAGGACAUGAUGAAGACCAUGGAUAUAGUAUUCGCCAUUCUACAUUUGGACAUUGAACGCAACACUGAGGCGCUACUAAAGGAUGUAAUACCGUUAUAUGCACAUCAAAUGGUUGGCGGCGAAAUAAAUGAGCCUCAAUCACACGUACUGGCUCUACUCUCUGUAUACUGCAUUAUUUCUGCACUCGAACAUCGUCAAGGUACCAUUGGUAAUUUACAACAAAAGCGUACACGCACGCAUAGUGAAGCCGAUUGCAACAGUGGUGAUUUGGAUUUGAAUAAUGUACCGAAAUUACGAAAACUGAAUCAGGAGGGCGGUUCAGAUAACUCGUGUUCCAAUGAUUUUCUUAGUGACACACAUCCACUAUUGUCAGCUGCCGGUGUUGUUAAUGCUGAUACCGUUGGUACGACGGUUUCACGAGAUGCAGCUCGUGCCACAACUCUUAGAGAGCCAUUGCAAUCUAGUGUACAACAUAUCUUUAAAGUAUUACAACAAUUUGUUACAACGGACGAGUUGACGCCAAAAGUGUAUUUCGCGUAUCGUUUUAUUUCUUUGUUGGUCGAAUGUGGUGGCGAGCGUAUACGACCGGUACUCAGAUUGUUGCCCACACAACUCGUACAAAAUUUACUUAAAAUUAUGGUGACCGAAGACAUUAGCGUAGGCUUGAUAUGCCGCCUAAAUGAUAUCCGCACACCAACAGGACGACAAUCAGCUGUUUCUGAUUUAAGUGUUUGGCGCAAUAUUCGUUUAAAAGAGAACAGUUUGAGAUUGUAAAUUUUAUAAAUAUGACUAAAUAUACCUACUACAUACACAUUUAUGUAAAUCUGAA